AUGCUCCAACGAGGCACCUCCCUCAAUAACUACACAUUCCCGCCUGUCCUCAAGGCGUUUUCUCAGUUGCAAGCGUUCCGCGAAGGUGGACCCGCUCAUUCUCUUGUUAUCAAGCUUGGGUUUGAUUCUGAUGCCUUUGUCCAGAAUGCGCUCGUGCAUUUUUAUGGGGUUUGUGAGCGUGUGGAUGUUGCUCAGCAGUUGUUUGAUGAAAUUGUCGAACCUAAUGUUGUCGCGUGGACCUCUCUCCUCUCCGGUUAUGCGAAAUUGGGGGAUUUGGAGUGUGCGCGGAGGGUGUUUGAUGUAAUGCCGGAGAAGAAUUUGGUUUCAUGGAGUGCGAUGAUUUCUGGGUACGUGCAAGGUGGGCAGUUUGUGGAGGCUCUAAGGUUGUUUCAUGAGAUGCAAGUCUUGAAGAUUUGUCCGAGUUUGCCCGUUUUAGUGAGCAUUCUGAUAGCGAUAGCAGAGAUGGGAGCACUUCAAGAGGGGUUAUGGGUUCAUGGUUUUAUAGAGAGGAACGGGUUGGGCUGGGCUCCAAACUUAAGGGCGAGCUUAGUGCACAUGUACAUGAAGUGUGGGGAUGUAGUUAGUGCCUGGCAGGCGUUCGAUAAAAUGCCGGAUAGAGGUUUGGAUGUGUGGAAUGCAAUGAUUGUUGGGCUUGGUUUACAUGGGCAAGGGGAAGAGGCAUUGAGGAUUUUCUUGAGCAUGGUGACUGAAGGGUUGCAACCUGAUGAUAUAACCUUCAUUGGGGUGCUGUGUGGAUGUAGCCAUGCAGGGUUGGUAGAUAAGGGCUUGGAGUGUUUUGCUAGCAUGAACACAGUGUACAAUGUCUUGCCCAAAGUGGAGCACUAUAGUUGUGUGGUGGACCUGUUGGGACGGGCUGGGCUCAUCAAAGAGGCAUUGGAGGUUAUCCAGAGCAUGCCCGUAGAAGCAAAUGGUAGAGUUUGGGGAUCGCUCUUUGGUGCUUGCAGAAAUCAUGGGUAUGCUGAGUUGGGAGAGAUUGUAGGGAAGCAUCUUAUCAAGCUAGAGCCCCACCGAGCCGGGCGCUAUGUGCUUUUAGCAAACAUAUAUGCCUCCAUGGAUAGAUGGGAAGAUGCCAUCAAAGUGAGGGAGUUGAUGAAGCAAAAUGGGGUAGAGCUUGAGCCUGGGUGUAGCUUGAUUGAGGUUGAUGGGGUUGUUCAUGAGUUUCUUGUGGGGGAUAGAGUGCAUCCUCAGACGAGUGACAUUUAUCGGAAGUUGGAUGAGAUGGUUAAACUGUGCAGGUGCAAAGGGUAUGUUCCGAACACAAAGCACGUGCUGUUUGAUAUUAGUGAGGAGGAAAAGGAGGGUGCAUUGUGUUGGCACAGUGAGAAACUUGCUGUCGCAUUUGCUUUGAUAUCUACUGAUCUGGAGGCAGUCAUUCGAGUCGUGAAGAAUCUCCGCAUCUGUGGGGAUUGCCACUCGAUGAUGAAGGUUGUUUCUAAGGUUUACGAUCGAGAGAUAGUAAUUAGAGAUCGUAGUCGAUUCCACCAUUUCAAACAAGGCCGAUGUUCUUGCAUGGAUUAUUGGUGA